CAGCUUGCGACUUUCACCAUGCCGCCCGCAUUGAGUGACGACGAUAAUGCCAGCCAAUCGUCAUCUGGCGAAGAGCAAAUCCCCCCAAAGACCGCAAAAGCAGACGCCGUCCCGACCGACGAUGAGGGUUCCGAAGACGAGGACGAGGACGAAUUCGUUGUAGAGAAGAUUCUAUCGCACAAAGGAAAAGGCCAAAAGAUCUUGUAUGAAGUGCAGUGGCUGGGCUACGAUGAUCCAUCAGAUCGCACCUGGGAACCUCGCGACAACUUAGACGGCGCCAAAGACGUGCUAGAGGAGUACCAUAACUCGAUUGGUGGCGACCCUGCUCCUCCGACCAACAAGCGCAAGGGGAGAAAGUCGGCCGCGGAUUCAGAAUCAGCAACACCAGUUGUUCCCAACAAACGCGUAAAGCAGAAGAAAGUAUGGGAACCGCCGAAAGGAUCGUGGGAGACCGAGGUCGAUUACGUCGAGACUGUCGAGGAACUCGCCGACCCAACCACUGGCAAGUACCAGCGGUUUGCCUAUCUGAGGUGGAGCAAUCGAAAGAAAACGCAGCACCCCCUUGCCCACGUCUACCAAAAAUGCCCGCAAAAGAUGCUCCAUUACUACGAGAGCCACCUAGUAUUCAACCAUGACGAACCGAAUGACCGAGCAAAUGGUGAUUCCGCCAUGAAAGACAUCGACUAAGCCCACCAAGCGUUAUACAACGCGCCACCGCGCGCGGCAACAUACCAUCUUCGCCCUAUUCCCCGUCCAUCAUGCAGCUCUAGCGUUUUGCGAUAUGCAAAUCAAAACGAGAUUCUUUUUUCUUACAGUGGAACUCUGUGUCUUCGUAUUCCGAUUGGAAACCGAAAUGUGUUUUAUAGGCUUUGCUUUCUUCCGGCAUUAUACAUUUGGGGCGGGGGAAAUGAGAUACAACUUGGGCAAUGGAGUCCCGGCAUGGCGUUCAUUGAAAAGGUUCACUCUGCUUGCUCUUCCUCCUGGAGCACACUGCACCCCCAAGAUGUUAUCGCUUGUUCAACGUGCGCGGAAUGAACGGACGGACCACCUUCGAAGGUGGAAGGACAAGCUCUAUGCGCUUUAUCUGGGUAUCACUACACGCACCAUGUGCAUUUCUCUCCGUCAUCUAUCGAUGUGU